UCAGAUUGACAGUUUUCUAACAAUCGACAAGGAACGGUAAACAAUAGUGGGUGUUUUUACGUGCUGCGGUGCUGAAUCCUAGUUUUUUGACGACCGUCCGAACAAUUUAAAAUGACACUGACAAAGUCUGUAGAUCAAGUAACAAUCUUGAAAGGCGACAGAUCCAAACUCAAAGAUCUUCUGCGUUCACGCCUGAUAGAAUGCGGCUGGCGUGAUGAAGUGCGUCUUCUGUGUCACAACACGAUCAAGGAGAAAGGCUUCAACCUUACUGUUGAGCAAAUUGUCCAGGACGUGACUCCCAAGGCGCGGGCCCGCGUUCCCGACUCACUCAAGAAGGAGCUACUGAUGAAAAUCAAGUCCAGUUUGGCCGCACAGGAGGGCAUCGAACUAUAGAUCCAACAAAUUAGUUACUGUCCACCAAUAAUAGAACCAUUUCAGCAGUUAUCAUGGAAAAGAACGUUAUUUAAAUCUCUCAAGUAAUUUUUUGUAUGAGUUUUGUGUGAAAUAAAAUUAGCCAAUUUUUAAGUUUUACAUGUGAA